GACUAGGUAUAUUUGGCAUUUGACGUGGAACAAGUUUAAACCUUUUUAUUUAUUGGCGAUGGCAUUGUGAAAUUGUAGUCGUAUAGACUUUAAAAAGGACGGAUUAAUCGAAACCAACAAAACCGCUGGAAAACAGUUGUUUGUUUGGGUAGAGCAAGUCAGUUUUUUACCAUUUGAAAUUUUCUAGAACGGAAGGCCGUCUUGCGUGAUUUCAAGAUAAACUGGACUAUUUUUUGGAACUGUGGUUCAUACGUCAUUGGUUCAGUGCCGUUGCUGUGUGUGCCGUGAGUCAAUACAAUGUGGAGAACAAUGCGGGGAUUAAGUGGACAUUAAAUGUACGAACUUAUUUUCGCCCUACAGUUGUGUAAAAGUUGAGGAUUUCUUAGAUACAUUUUUUUUUUAUUUUGCGACUUUUUGGUUGUUGUGUGACUAUAAAGUGGUACCAUUCUCUGUGUCUUUGAUCGAUUCUUUCAUUGCCAUGUUCUUUUUUCCAAAGACAAUUCUUUGUUGUGAAAAAAAUGCCACAGAACUGAGUGAAUAAUUGAUUUCAGCAUAUAUUGUGUACUAGUGCAUUUUACCUCUGAAGCUGCCAGUUCUGGUGUGGAUCUGACGAAUGAGACUAAAACUUUUCAAGAAUUUGGCGUAAUGACGGAAUUUUGUGACAAGCAUGAUAACUUCCAUCGGAAUUUAGUGAUUGUCCAGUCCUUGUUUUACGGAGGUUAAGGAGAAAAUUUUACACAAAUAAUAUUUGAAUGGCAAUGAAGGGAAAAGAUGGUGACAAAAAUCAUCUAAGUCCCCAUGAUCAAAAUGGAAAAGACGGACGUGUUUCACCCACGCCGUCAUGGCGUCCAGCGUCCGCAUUAAGCUCAAGGACGGAGGAUGAGGAAGAACCACCUCUUCCCCAGUUUCGACCGUAUGACAAAAAGUCAUGGGACAACCAAAUUCAGAAGGAUAGAGAUGCACAGCGAAAGUUAGACAAAAACAAUGGCAAAGCCGUUGCUCAUCUUGUAGAUGGUGAGUUAAAGUUCGAAGAUGACGAGGAGGAGGCUCGGAAAACAAGAGACCCCACGCUACAGGAGGGCAAUAUUUUGCCUGAUGAAUUAUCAGAGGUGUUCAAAGAAGAAUUAUAUGGAAAACCAUUAGAGGAAAUUGAUAAAUAUAUCAAAGACAAGACAUUUGUAGCAAUAGCACCCCGAUUCCAAAAGAAUUACAUUCACCGCUUCACAGCUACCAAAGCUCUCGGGUGUUUGACGCCUUGGAAUCCAGCUCGAAAGUUCUCUGUGUACAUUGCCACAAAUCAGUUUUUUGACUAUCUAGUCAUAUUGACCAUUUUGUGUAACUGUGUCUUCUUAGCUAUGCCCGAUGACCCUGCCUCAGAGACAGCAGAAUACGUCUUUCUAGGAAUCUAUACUAUGGAAUGUGUCGUCAAAAUUCUUGCUCGUGGAUUAAUAGUUAACAAGUUUACGUAUCUACGAGACCCGUGGAACUGGUUAGAUUUUAUAGUCAUCAUAUCAGCAUAUGUCACCAUUAUCAUAGACAUCGUAUCAACUCCUAGUACUGAUGGAGAAAGUGACGGAAGCGUUUUCAAUCCUCAGAUGUUGCGAACGUUUAGAGUAUUAAGAGCUCUCAAAACAGUGUCUAUAGUGCCAGGUUUGAAGACAAUUGUGGGUGCAUUACUGCGAGCUUUCAAGCUUCUGUUUGAAGUUAUCAUCCUGACGUCCUUCUGCCUGAUGAUCUUUGCACUGUUUGGCCUCCAGGUGUACGUCGGUGUACUAAGACAGAAGUGUGUGCUAGACGUCCCAGAAUACAAUGCUACCGCAUCUUUGUCAUAUGUGGCUUACUACAACGACUGGAUCAAGAAUAACUCCAACUGGUACGAAGAUGGUGAAGGUGCCUACCUGGUAUGUGGGAAUGCCUCAGCAUCUGGAGAAUGCCCCAGUGGUUAUACCUGCCUUCCAGAUAUCGGAGAAAAUCCCAACUAUGGUUACACCAGCUUUGACCACUUUGGAUGGGCAAUGUUGACCUCCUUCCAGCUUAUUACUCUGGACUUCUGGGAAGACACGUAUAAUAAGAUUAUCCGAGCGAUGGGUCCGUGGAAUGUCCUAUUCUUUGUGAUAGUGGUUUUCUUUGGAUCGUUUUAUCUCAUCAACUUGAUGCUGGCUGUUGUUGCUAUGUCUUAUGAAGAGGAAGCGGUCAACACCAACAGAGAAAGGGAAGAAAAAGAAAGGAAGGAAGCGGUCAAAGAAAAGAAAGAGAAAGCAGCGAAAGAUAAAGCGAACGCCGCAGCCGCCGCUGCAGCCAGCGAAGUUACCGCCGCCAAAGCCACUGAUGCUACCGCCGCCAAAUCAAAACCACCAUCAAAAGAGGAGGGGAAACAGUCAAACGGCACCAACAACAACAAAGAUUCAAAAGUAGGUACCGAUUCUAAGUCUGGUACUGUUACUAUCAAUGGAAAAACGUUAACAAAUCAUGGCAAGGGUCGUAAUCCUAUGGUCAAAAUGCCAAGUAAGGACAGUGGAUACUCGGUGCAGAGCAAUGUGAGUUCGCACUCAGGAGGUAGCAAGGACAAAGAUGAUCCCGAUAGUAUCAGCCUUGACAGCCACUCCAAUCCACGCAAGGCAGACUCUGGCACCGGGUCCAUGUCACAUGGUCUUAACACUGACAGCUCAGACAAAACGAUGUCCAUCCCGCAAAAGCCAUUUAUCAAGCAGGAUAGUCUGGCAAAUGUUUCUUCCUCGGGUAUACACCUUGGUGAUGAUGAUGACAGUUUGUCAACCAAGGGCAAAUCCAAAAAGCCACCUCCAAAGAUCAUUCAAGGAAGCUUAAAAAACAGUGGGGAGGAAAGCACGGGUAGAAAUGAGCCUGGGACACUGGUGGACCGAAACCAUGCAUGUUUGGGGAAGUGCUGCUAUUGUUACGUACCCUGGCUGAGAAUACAGAACUUGGUUUUUAUCUUUGUGUCUGAUCCCUUGUUUGACCUCUUCAUCACCUUCUGUAUCCUGGUGAACACCAUCUUCAUGGGACUCGAGUUCCACAACAUGCCAGAUGACCUUGUUACAGCUACAAGUGUGGCCAACAUUGUUUUCACUGUUAUUUUCACUCUGGAGGCUGUGUUGAAAUUGACUGCUUUUGGGAAAUUUUACUUUUCUAAUGGCUGGAACAACUUUGAUCUGGUGAUUGUGGUGGCCAGCUGGGUAGACUUUGGACUGUCAGAUUUGGAUGGUGUCAAUGUUAUCAGGACAUUCAGAUUGUUGAGGGUUUUUAAGUUGGCUCAAGCAUGGCGAACUAUGCGAGUAUUACUGACAAUCAUCAUGAGCACGCUUGGCGCACUGGGAAACCUGACCGUCAUUCUUGUAAUUAUCAUCUACAUAUUUGCGGUGAUUGGUCUGCAGUUGUUUAGAAACAGUUACACCGAAGAUAAAUUUGGAGGAGAUGGUAUACCAAGGUGGAAUUUCAACUCCUUUUUCCAUGCUCUGAUGUUGAUUUUCCGUAUCCUCUGUGGAGAGUGGAUUGAAGAGUUGUGGAACUGUAUGCGAGCGGCUGAUGAACUGUGCAUGGUGGUCUUUUUACCCACUCUCGUGUUCGGAUACUUCAUUGUCCUGAAUCUUUUCCUUGCCUUGCUUCUGAAUGCUUUUGGAAGUGAAUCUUUGAAAAAGUCUGAUAAUGAUGAUGAGGACGACAAGCUUUCUCUGGCCUUCGUCAGGCUGAAAGAGAUCUGCUGCUGUUGUUGCAACUUCAAGAAAACACCGAGAACUUCUUCCGUAGGACCAGAUGAGUUAGACGAGGAGAAGCAGAUUGGCAUGACAGAUCUAGAGAACGAUAGCAAAGAUAAACAGAGCAAAGACCAACCUCUGGCUAAUGGGACAGUGAAAGCAAAUGGCAUCAAACAUCAGGAUGAUAAAGUAGAAGCAGAGGAGGCAUUCAAUGCUAAGAGAGACAAAUUCACAGAUUUUGACGCAGCACGAAAAGCCUCAAAAGCAAAAGACUCAAAGGGCAGCAAUGCAGAUAGCACAUCGAAGACAGGAGACAGUAAAGAGAAGAAAGGAAGCAAAGACAAGGAUGGCAUGGCUCUUGGAGAUGAAGCCGAUGACAUGGACGAUGAUGAUGAAAACAAAGAGACUGUAGUGGAGGACUGUUUUCCGCCAAUCUGCAUGAAGAAAUGUUUGAAAUUGACAGGUCAUGCACUGUGGUCAGAUUUUGAUGAAUCCAGCUUUGGAAUAAAGUGGCACAAAGCCCGAUACUUUAUGUGUAAAAUUGUGGAGCAUAAAGCAUUCGAAUAUUUCAUUCUUGCCUGCAUUUUCCUCAGCAGUAUGUCAUUGGCUUUUGAGGAUGUGUAUCUUUACACACGUCCAGAAUUAGAGGCUGCCCUGUACUAUGCAAACAUCAUCUUUGCUGCACUCUUCACAAUAGAAAUGUUGAUGAAAUGGAUGGCUCUAGGAUUCAAGAAAUACUUUACCAGCUUCUGGACCAUUCUUGACUUCUGUAUUGUAGUGAUCUCCUUAACCAGUUUGAUUGUUGACGCUAUGGGUGGGGAGGACAUCUCCGCAUUCCGCUCCCUCAGGACACUCAGGGCAUUCAGACCCCUCAGAGCAAUCUCAAGAUGGCAAAGCAUGAGGAUUGUGGUAAAUGCUCUGAUGUUGGCUAUUCCUGCCAUUUUGAAUGUGCUGGUUGUCUGCAUGGUGUUUUGGCUGAUCUUCAGUAUUAUGGGAGUGCAGUUCUUCUCGGGCAGAUUCUACAAGUGUAAGGACUCCAGCGGCGAGGUUCUGCUUCCCAGUGUAGUGGCCAACAAAUCUCAGUGUUUGGCAAUGGCGUCCACACACAAUUACACAUGGGUCAACUCCAAUAUUAACUUUGACAAUGUUUUCAAUGGCUACCUGGCUCUGUUUCAAGUGGCAACUUACGAGGGAUGGAUGGAGGUGAUGGAUGAUGCAGUGGAUUCUACGAAGGUGGACGAGCAGCCUAGCUUUGAAAACAACCUGUACAUGUAUCUGUACUUUGUGGCCUUUAUCAUUUUUGGGUCUUUCUUCACUCUCAAUCUGAUCAUUGGUGUCAUCAUUGACAACUUUAAUGCCCUGAAGAAAAAGUAUGAUGGCAGUGCUUUAGACAUGUUCCUGACGCAAGGUCAGAAAAAUUACAUGAACACCUUAAAGAAGCUGGGAUCUAAAAAACCGCAGAAAACAAUCAAGCGACCAAAGGCUCGGGGUUUUUUGGCGUCAUGUCAGGCGGUCUUCUAUGAUGUUGCAGUGAGCAGCAAGUUUGACAUAUGUAUCGUGUCGGUCAUUUUUCUGAACAUGAUUGCUAUGGCUGUGGACCAUUACAAGAUGACAGACUAUGUCUCCAACAUUUUAGACAUCCUCAACAUUUUGUUCACCACAGUUUUUACCCUGGAGUCCGUGGUCAAGAUCAUUGGUCUACGACAUCACUAUUUCAGACAACCGUGGAAUGUUUUUGACUUUGUGGUGGUGAUUCUGUCACUUGUGGUAAUAAUUGUCGAGGCUGCAGGCAUUGUGUUGGCAGAUGUUCUCGCAAACAGCUUUAACCCUACACUGCUUCGAGUUCUGAGAGUUUUCAGGAUAGGGCGAGUUCUAAGGCUGAUCAAGGCUGCUAAAGGCAUCCGGAAGCUUCUCUUUGCCCUCAUUAUCUCCCUUCCAGCUCUCAUCAAUAUCGGAGCUCUGCUGUGUCUCAUCAUGUACAUCUUUGCUAUCAUCGGAAUGUCAUUGUUUGGGAACAUGAAAAUUGAUCUUCCAUUGGAUGAUACUGUGAAUUUCCAGACAUUCGCCAGCAGUUUUGUGCUACUGCUCCGUCUAUCGACAUCUGCCGGUUGGAAUGAUAUUUUGGAGACUAUGUUUUUACAGCCCCCGGACUGUGACCCAGACUAUGCCACCAGGCCAGAAGGCGGUGCCAAAUUUAAAUAUUCUACAGGGGACUGUGGAUCUCCUGCGUUUGGGGUGUUUUACAUGGUGGCCUACAUUCUUAUUAUAUUCUUAGUCGUUAUAAACAUGUACAUUGCCAUCAUUCUGGAGAACUUCAAUCAGGCCCAUGAGGCAGAAGAAGUUGGAAUAACAGAAGAUGACUUUGAUGAGUUUUAUGUUGUGUGGGAGAAGUAUGAUCCUUUAGCCACACAGUUCAUCAAAUACGAACAUCUCUCUCACUUUGUUGGGGAUUUAGACCCUCCAUUAGGCAUACCCAGGCCUAACGAAAUUGCUCUAGUGGCAUUUGAUCUUCCAAUUGUUGAAGGAGACAAAAUUCACUGCUUAGAUGUGUUGAUUGCUUUAUGUAAAAAUGUGUUAGGCCGUGUAGAGGAAACGGAGGAAUUCAAAGAACUGAAAUCUCAGAUGGAAGAUAAGUUCCAAGAGACUUUCCCAACUCGAGUGAACACCAGUAAAACAUCGAGUACGAUGCAGAAAAAGAAAGAGGACGUAGCUGCGAAGACCUUACAGCGUGCCUGGCGGACAUUUAAAACUCAGAAGCAGCUCCGUAAUCUGACCAAGAUGGCAAUGCAAAAAGCAGAGGCAGAUGAAAAUGAGAAGAACACUAAAUCGAAGGGAGCCAGUCUGGCUAAUCUCGGUAGACGUCUUAAUAGUGCUCUGAGUAACUUCUUCAGCUCGUCUCGGCCGAGUAGUGCAACCAGCAGACACAGUAUCAAAAGUCAAACCACAGCUAGCACACCAGGGAAUUCUCAAAGGAAAUCCAAAAGUACAUUACAAGUUCCUGCAGUUGGUCCCAUCUACCCAGCAAAAUGCUCUGAUAAAGAAUUAGACUUAUGAUGUUAUGGGAAGGGAAAAUAUGGUGCAAUUUAUUUGAGUACUGUAGUAGAUUUUUUUUUUUUAAAUGUGCACCUCUCAGGUCGAUAUUCAGAGUGCUGCAUCAGUGGCCACAGAAGGCGGGUUCUUUCUGUGUGACAUGCAUUUUGAGUGUCAGUACAAUGUAUUUUUACAGCGAAUCAGUGUAUUUGACUCAUAUAGAAUUAUGCAGAAUAAUUAUGCAGUGCCUGGUGCAUACCUUGGUAUCGUCAGUUGGGAAUAUUGUUGAAAUGCUAAUACAUUUCCCAGGAACAAAAGUGAAUAAAAUAAGAGAAAAUGGGUUCCAUAUUGUGUCCCCGAGGUGUGAAUUCAUGUAUUUACAUGCAUUAUUAUAGAAGUAUUGUGUCAAAAUUCACUGAUGCCAAAACCUGUUGAUCAAAAUGUGAUAAAACAUGACAGAACUUAUAGAUUGUGUAUUGUACUAAUUUAAAGAUUGUUUUUCAACGAAAAAUUUUUAAAAAAAAGAAAAAGAUAAGAUCAUUUCUAGUAUGCUCAUGUUGUCAUGAUGUGGUUUUUUUUAGCAUUGCAAAGUGAUGUCAUAGAGUGCGGUUAAUUUGUCUAUGCUUGUAUCAAGUGCAUAUUUCUCUGGGUAAUUGUGUCAGAUGAGUGGGAUAAAUCUUGUUGAGAGGUAAAUGAUAUGUUAGAAAUUAUUAAGGAAAUAUUGUUUCUCUCACACAAUGAUUUUGAUGUGUGUCUUGAUUGGUAUCAGCAGCAUGUCUUUCAUGCGAUCAUAUUUAAAUCAUGUAGUAUUUGAUAGAGUUCAAGGAACUUAAUUGUUCCAACAUCAAUGUUUCGAUUGUUUUAUAUAUAUCAUACAAAAAGUGAUUGAUAUAGAUGCACUUCAGUUCUAAGCAAGUUUAUUUCACUAUACAGUUGACACUGCUGUAGAGAUUAACUUUGGAGAAGGGGUUUUGAUUCUAAUUUUGUAAUAUUUUAAGCACAGACUUUAUUGAUAGUCAAUACUGUCCCAAAUGAGGGACAUUGACAUGGUAUUCUUCACAUCUUGUGUUAUACAAGCUAGAUCAAAUUUAUGCUGCAGUGACACCUGAUAAAGUUCCUGACUUCUGAUGUGAAUAAUGCUAAACAGUGUCGGAGGGUAUGAAUGUGUCCAAUCAUCUCUAUGCAGUUGUACCUACUGUUUAUCUCCCUUUGCACAUUGAACCUCUUAUCCUACAAAAUUCAUAUUGAAUUACUUACUGGGUUUUUUGUAGCAAGAGAGAAAAAGCUCAUAAAAUGAGGCAUGGAAUCUUUUUUUUUUUAUCGAAUAUAAAUUUGGAUGCUUUUUUCUGUUUGACUUUGCGAUCCUUUAGUUGGAUUUGAUGUUGUACUGUAUACGUAUGUAGAGGGAAAGCUCAUUUGGUGCAUCGACUUGAAAAAAUAUAAAUUCAGUAUUAUAUAACAAGACACUGUGAUAAAGUUAUGCAUAAUGAGAACCGAUAUAUUAAUGGCUUUAAUCAAACAUCAAUAUGUCUGCUCCUGAACUUAAACUUUGUACAUUGGAAUUAACUGCAUUUUUUUUUUCCCCUCUCCCCCAUUUUACCAAACGAAAGUUGUGAUCUGUGAAUGAAGUAUCCGUCCACAUUCUGUUGCGAGAGAUAUUCUUACUUUAGAUAUUUUUUAUGUUUGUUAUUUUACAUUUGUUUUUAUUUACAUGAGCACAAUAAUGUGUAAUAAGGAACUGAUGGAUUUGCCUGUGUAUCUAAUUAUUAUAUUCCUAUAAAAAGGAAAUGUUGAUAUUGAAUGUGAUAUUUUUGUUAUCGCCUUGUGCAACUUGUUUUUUUUUUCUAACUGGCUUAUUAAUCACAACAACAGACAGUAGUUAGGGUGGAGAAUGGUUUGUCUUGUACAGAAGAGGUUGUGAUGCCUGCAUUUAAACUUUCACUUCCCGUUUUUUUUUUUUUUUUCCUUUCUCAAAUUUUCAAUGUGUUGAUUAGUUGUGAAGCUCUCUUCAUUACUCAUCUCAUUGUCAUACAGAAAAUCAAACCUGAAUUAACAAGGCCAAAUUUAGGUUUGUAUUUCUCGGUAAAUAUAAGUACUGUAAAUACUCUGUAUCUCACAAGCUCCAUCCCCGGGGGACAGUCCCUGAGGACAUGUUUUUCUUUGUUCUGUAUUCUACUGUUUAUGACCUUCAUCACGAGCCGUACUGUGGCAUAUGUCGACCUUUUUACCAAAUAAAUUGUUUUGCAUUUAA